UAAACUAGCUAAAGGUGCUCGUAAGGCCGCAUGUAAUGUGGCUCAGUGUUUACAGAGCCCUAUAAAGACUCCUCUGACUCAUUCUUAGCAUUAACGCUGAAUGGCUCGGCCACAAUUGUUGCCACACUGGUUAUGUUGUCAUCCUCCUUGUUAAGGCGCUGGUUGAAUUUCCCAGACAGGCUCUUGGUUUUGGACUUUUUUUACCAGUGGUGUGCCACAAGCUUGGUGGUUGCUACUCCUCUUGGUGGCCGUAGAAAUCCUGGCAAACAACCCCGGAAGCAGGCAAUUUAUCGGGAAGAAAACCAAGUUGCUCAACAACCUCAGCCAAGCAAGCUGCCCUCACUAUUAAAGCCAAUCAACCGUGCGCAGAGAGGCUGCGCAGCCCCGGAAAUACAAACUGUAUCCGUUUUGCUGCUGAGUGAGGAUCGGCAGACCAACAUCAUGAGGAAGAAAAAUGGAAGAAGGGCAAGGAAGAAGAGGAGGAAACUGGAGUUCAGAGAUACAGUUGUUCAGUCAGUGACACUAUCCCAUGAACCACAAUUUGUGGCGCUAAGAAGAUGGCUGCAACAGCGAGGCUUCAGCUCCAAACUCUUAGUACCAGCACACUUCUCCGACACAGGACGUGGACUGAUGACAUUAGAGCCUAUCAAGGCUGGUGCUUUGCUGAUUUCCUUACCUGAGAAAUGCCUUUUAACCACCUCUACUGUUCUAAGGAGUUACAUUGGUGAAUACAUGAAAAGAUGGAAACCACCUAUUGCUCCUCUACUUGCUCUUUGUACCUUUCUCAUCUCUGAGAGACAUUUUGGGCAACUUGCUGAAUGGAAGCCCUACAUUGACGUCCUGCCCCAAAAAUACACAUGCCCGGCUUACUUCUCUGAUGAGGUCAUCGAAGUGUUGCCGGGGAACAUGAGGGACAAAGCCCUGGAGCAGAGAGCCAAGGUUCAGGAGCUGCAAACCUCUUCGUUGGGAUUCUUCAGCUCCCUCCAGCCCCUCUUUAGCCAACCUGUGGAUGGCGUGUUCACGUAUGAUGCGCUUCGCUGGGCCUGGUGCAGUGUCAACACACGCACUGUGUAUAUGGAGCACCCGCCCAGCCCUUAUUUGUCUAUGGAGAGAAAUGUGUAUGCUUUAGCCCCAUACCUGGACCUGCUCAACCACUGUCCAGCCGUACAGGUAGAGGCGGGCUUCAGCCAAGGAAGCUAUGAGAUAGGUAGCGUCCAGGGCUGCAAUCGAUUCCAGCAGGCUUUCAUCUGUUACGGUCCCCAUGACAACCAACGUCUCCUGCUGGAGUAUGGUUUUGUUGCUACCGGAAACCCUCACAGUGUUGUUUAUGUAGACCAAGGUGUCCUCUGGCAAUGCAUCAGUACAACAGACAGAAACCAGCUGGCGCAGAAACUACUUUUCCUAAAGAACAAUGACUUUUUAGAAAAUCUGACCCUAAGUUUGGACGGGCCCUCCUGGAGACUGAUGACUGCACUCAGGUUGCUCUCACUCAAGCUAGAACAAUACCAUCUGUGGAAGAGUGUCCUCCAGGGGGCGGUGGUGAGCCAGGACAGAGAAGAGUGGUGUGUUGAAGCAGCCUUACGGAUUUGUCACAACCUCAUAGACGACAAUGCCAGAGCUCUGGAUAAGAUAUCCCAACUGACAGAGAAUGCGGACGCGUCUUUGACAGAGCAGCUAGCUGUGGUAGAACAUCUACAAGGAGAGGAGCAAGGGAUUCUGGGUUUUAACCUGGAAGUGCUGCAGAGACUUAAAAACAAAUUUUGCCAUGUACACGGUACAGAAUACCAAACCUUUCCUGUAUGAAGUGCCAUAACUGUUUAUCCCAAGAUGCUACGCUCCUAUGAGACGUCAAUGUCUGUUUUCUCUAUCAGUGGAAUGGAAGUGGCCUACCGAGGGGGUACCGUCACUGAUUGGUGAAUGACCUCAACACAGACAUUUGUUAACUCUGUCCUAUCCCAGUCAGGGUCAGCAAAGGGCUGUCUCUCAACACCACUGAUACCCUCUGGAAGUGUACAAGCGGACAAUGCCAUCUGUUUCCAAUCCGCUGACCCAUCCAGGAACAGGACAUUACCGUUUCCCCACCGCAAAUGUAGUAAUUUAGUACUGAAUUUAAAGUUGCAAUUUAUGUAGAAAUCAAUUUAGGUCAUGUUCAGUAAGGAAUCGAACAGAAGGAGCAACACUGCUGUUUGGUGGUUGUCUACUGCAAGACGGUUUGCUACAGUUUGCCAUACUGAACACGUCCUUGUUGUUUCAC